AUGAAUUUAUUUUCAAAAUCAUUCACACAAAUUCUUGUUCGUUCAUUAAUAACGACUAGAUCUUUUUUAAAAACAUCUUAUAGUACAUCAGUCAUCUGUCGUUCAACUCCAAACGAAUCAAUUCAACAAAGUGAUAAACAACAACAACAACAACAGAAGAAAUAUGAAUAUUUAUUAGUCAAUAUUACAGGACAAAAUUCAAAUGUAGCACUUGUACAACUUAAUCGACCGAAAGCAUUCAACUCUUUAUGUAAUAAUUUGAUAAAAGAAUUAGCUAUAGUAUUGGAUUCACUUGAUAAAAAUGAUCAAAUUGGUUGUAUUGUACUAACUGGUAUAACACGAGCAUUUUCUAUUGGCGCUGAUAUCAAAGAAAUGCAAAAUACUACAAUGUCAGAUGUUAUUAAAAUAGAUUUUCCUGAUCAAUUAUCAGUAGUAUCAAAAGUUAAAAAACCGAUUAUUGCUGCUGUUAAUGGUUUUGCUUUAGGUGGUGGUUGUGAAUUAUCAAUGAUGUGUGAUAUUAUUUAUGCUGGUGAUAAAGCUGAAUUUAGUCAACCGGAAAUUAGAAUUGGUACUAUUCCUGGUGCUGGUGGUACUCAACGUUUACCUCGUUAUAUUGGUAAAUCAAAAGCUAUGGAAAUGGUAUUAACAGGCGAUCGAAUUAGUGCACAAGAAGCUGAAAAAUUAGGUUUAAUUAGUGCUGUUUUUCCAGCUGAUAAACUCAUAGAAGAAUCUUUAAAAACAGCUGAAAAGAUUGCUAAUCAUUCAAAAAUUGUUGUACAAUUAGCAAAAGAAGCAGUAAAUGCUGCCUUUGAAACAUCAUUGGCGCAAGGUAAUCUAUUAGAAAAACGACUGUCUUGUACAACAUUUGGUUUAGCUGAUCGAAAAGAAGGCAUGACUGCAUUUUUAGAAAAACGUAAACCACAAUUUAUUGAUCAAUAA